CUGUACGUGGAGUGUGCGCCUUGACGUCACGACCGCCUGACUUGUUGUUAAUGGUCACAAACAUGGCUUCCGUGGCUGUAGUGGAAACCUCUUCAGGUAAAGAUGUUCUGGCAGAAGGAUUGUUGGACCUUCUCAAACCAGCUAUCCAGCAGCUCGAUCUACACGUGCACUCAGUCAGGGAAAGUCAAGUGGAAUUACGAGAGCACAUAGAUAAUUUGGCCACAGAGCUGUGUAGGAUAAAUGAGCACCAGAAGGUAACCCUCGACCUGGACCCAUAUGUGAAGAAGCUGUUGAACGCCAGGCGGAGAGUAGUGUUGGUGAACAACAUCCUGCAGAAUGCUCAGGAGCGUCUGAGGAGACUCAACCAUAACGUGGCCAAGGAGACGGCACGGAGGAAGACCAUGCUGGAAGCCUCCGGCGUGUUUACCCCCCGCUCUCCGAGUAAACCCUGAGCCCCGCCCUGAGAAAACCCGACACAGUCUUCCUUUAAUUUUUUCGCUUUUACCUAUUACCGCCCACAAUAUAGUUACUUAGCAUGUUACCCAUGUGGUCAAAGACGAUAUAUUCCUCAUUACCUUCAAAUACGCCCUUCUGACAAACGUCAGUUUCUGUAGCCUCAGAAUCAGGUGGAUCAGUAAUCAGCAUGAUACUAAGACCAACCCCAGCUGUGGGUUCAUGGAUCAGUUUGGUUGAAUCACCAGGUUUGAGUGAUGCUCAUAACAGUCAGCGUUUUGUGGUUUGAUUGUCUCCUGUCACUUUACAAUUCGCUCAAGUUGGAAAAAGCAUCUGUAGUUUGUUUAUUUCUGAUUUCGUAAUUUAUGUAAUUCCAGAAUAAAGUUAAAUCAAGAGAUCUCUGCUGUAAAUACUGGUUGGAAAUAUUUGCAAAAUGUUGUCUUUGGAUUCUCAACUUUAUGUGAAUAAAUGCACUGAAAUUAAA